CACACUUCGAGUCGGUAUACGCUCGUAAUUAUUUUGCGUUAAAUAACGAUUUGGUUUACUUUUAGAAGAAUAUACGAGGUGCAGAAGUAUUCAGUAAGAUUACGGGCUGCAAGAUGCUCAAAUGACAGUGAAAAUCGUCACGAGAUCGUGAUUUAUCGGUAGGAUCGAAUUCUACACUUGUCAAACGAGUAUUCCAGUGGUUCCACAGUUUCGCAGCUUUCGUUGUAUCAUCGGUAUGGAUGACGCAGUUGUGCUGAAAAUGGACGCGAUCAAGCUGUCGGGCAAGCGGCCAACGCGCACCAAAGGCAUGUCGGCGCUGGGCGAGCUCGAGCGCAGACUGCGCAAGUUCUUCAACGAGGCCGACGGCCACGGCACGUUCUAUCGCGUGCCGCCCACGGCCAUGAUCACGCCCAAGUACUUCGCCGGCUGCCUGGCCAAGAGGGCCUGGACCGAUUUACGAUGGAUCGGUACGCUGGCCAGUCAGCAGCAGUCGCUGUGCAAGGAGAAGCUGCACAGGUCCAAGGAGAUGGUGCGCGAGAAGGCGGCCAAGUUCGCCGAGAGGACGAGGGUGCAGCUGGCCCAGGCCCAGCGCAGGGCUAGCUUGAAGAAAUCGUGAGCGCGAUGCGACCCGUGAUAGUGAUUCGAAGGAAUGAUCGUUUCGUUCGAAAUUCAUCGUGAAUGAAUAAACGAAAAUGAGUAAAGUAAUACAAUUUAGAACUCUAGAGUAAUCGAAAUAAUUAUAGCUUACUUAUUACGUUUAGUUACGCUUUAGUAAACUGUAACUCUGGUAGAAAUGGCUCGACAUUUUUUAUUUUCUACUUUUAAAAUGUUCAACGUCAGUUGGGUAGAGCUUGUUAAUUCAAAUUCAAUGACGCUCUCAUAACUCAUAGGCUCUAUCGACUUACAAGUGUGUACGUAGAAACGAAUUUUAUUUCCUCACAUUUAUUACCAAUACGUAAACUCUUUUUAAACAACGAACUUUUUCUAAAACCCUGCGUUGACUUAUACAAUUAUGUCGACUUUGCCACUUGUAGAUUUAUAGACAAAGGUCUACUCGCCAUCUAGUGGUGGUGACACAACUUAUCGUAUUCAAAGGGAUUGAAAACUGGUCUCAAUUUUUCGAAAUAGUUAAAUUGUCACUUUCGAGAAAAUGGAUCAAGGACCAGCCAGAAUAAAUGUGGUACUUUUUUGGUAAUUUAGUAAACGUUGAGAAUUUCUACCAGGGAAAUAUCCAAUUGAUUGUUCGUGGAUGCAUCCACCCUUCAAACAAGAUUGUAAACUUAAAUUUCAAUUAUGAUUCGUACGUAUAGUGAAUUAUUUGUUACGAAUAA